CGGAAGUGGGAGCGGAAUGGCGGCGGCGGCGGGGGCGCGGGCCGUCUUCGGGGCCCUGGUCCGGCGGCGCCUUCUCCCCGCAGGCAGCGGCCUCGGCCUCCCGGCGCCCCCCGGGGCGCGGGCGGGACUGGGGGCGAGCCCUGGAGCCGUUCAUCGUUGGCCUGCUUUUCAAAGUCACAGUUCCCAGAGCACAUCUGCUCCAGAAAGGGUCCUCCCUAAGACGUCACUGACUUCCCCUCCAUGGCCUAAAAUCACACUGCCGGCUGCUGAGGAAGAGGGCGAGCGUCACCGAGAGGUCAUCCAGCGGGUGAACAAACUGAUCGCCACCGGACAGUACGGCCGGCUCUUCGCCGUGGUCCACUUUGCCAGCCGGCAGUGGAAGGUGACGGACGGGGACCUGAUUCUGAUCGAGAACACCUUGGAGGCCCAGUGCGGGGAAAGGAUUCGCAUGGAGAAGGUCUUGCUGGUUGGCGCUGAGGACUUCACGUUAAUUGGAAAACCGCUUCUUGGACUGGAUCUUGUCCGCGUAGAAGCCACGGUUAUCGAAAAGACUGAGUCAUGGCCACGGGUCUACAUGAAGUUUAAGAAAAGGAAAAAUUUCAGAAGAAAGAAAGUUUUUAUAACACCACAGACUGUCCUUCGGAUAAACACCGUGGAGAUUGCUCCAAGUUUGUCGUGAUUGUUCAGCUGCUACUUACCUAAGUGUGAAAAUAAAAUGUGGGUUGGGUUGUUUUUUUUAA